AUGGCUUCCACAGAGAAUGCGCCAGCCCGCGCUCGGAAUAUAUCUGCUCUUCUUGAGAAUCUCAACUCAUGCUUAACUACCGCUGGCUCAUCUCUGCCCGUCGCCCACAAGGAUGCCCCCUCCGACGUUUCGAUUGAACCUCCGCAGGAUGGCAUCUCCCUCCUCGACGCCAAAAGCGAGAUCCUUCUCUCCUACCUCCACAACCUCGUUUUCCUGAUCAUUUUUCAAUUGCGACAAAGCUCUUCCAAACAGAGCUCGGAUGCUGCCGACAACUCCCUCAGUGAUGAUGCAGUGAAAAAGCUCGUCGAACUCCGUGUGUUUUUGGAUCGCGGUGUUCGUCCACUAGAGGGACGAUUGAAGUACCAGGUGGAUAAGGUGAUCAAGGCAGCAGAGGAUGCGGAGCGCACAGAUCGCCCUGUCAAGUCAAACAAGCCGAAGCAGGCCAAGAAGGCCAAGGGCUCGGACAGUGAAGGCUCGGAGGACGAGAGUGGAAGUGAUAACAGCGAGGACGAGGAAGACUUGGAUGAGAUGGCUUUCCGCCCCAACAUUGGUGCAUUCGCCAAGGCCAAGGCUGAGGCCCUACAAAACCAGACCAAGCCCACCAGGACUGCCCAGGACGCCGAGGACGCCCCCAACGAUGGUAUCUAUCGGCCACCGAGGAUCAUGCCCACCGCACUCCCCAAAACAGAGACCGAACGCCGCGAACGUGAAGACCGCCGACCUAAGAGAUCUAAUGUUAUCGACGAAUUCGUCAGCGCCGAGAUGUCGUCCGCCCCUAUGGCUGAACCCAGUAUCGGAAGUACGAUUAUCGACGGUGGUCGCCAGACCAAGUCCAAGCGGGACCGCGAGCGCGAGAACGAGCGAACCACAUACGAAGAGUCCAACUUUGUCCGACUGCCCAAGGAGACCAAGAAGGAUCUGGCGAAGCGACGCGGCGGCCACAAGGAUUCUACCUUUGGCGGAGAUGAAUGGAAGGGGCUCACGGAGGGUGCCGACCGUAUCGAACGUCUUACCCGGCGAUCGAAGAAUGGCGGUGCUGUGCUAGACAAGAGCCGUAAGAGAAAGGUGAACGAGCGCAGCGACGGUGCUGGCAUGGGUGACAUGUUCGACAAGCGCCGCAAGAAGAUUGAUACCUGGAAGCGGUAG